ACAGCUUACACAUCUCAUUUCACAACAAGUCGCGCGCACACACAUACACACACACACACACACUCACACACACAUACACACAUACACUGAGUUUGGACUAUGGCUUCCACCACUUCAGGGGACAUUCUGCCUUCGGGCGGCAGGAUCUUCUUGACCGUUCCCGACGUCUUCUUCAUCCCUGAAUUUGUGUUUGGGGGUUUGGUCUGGAUCCUGGUGGCCUCCACCCGCGUCGUGCCGGACAACCCUCUGGGCUGGGUGAUGUUCGUGUCCGUCUUCUGCUUCGUCUUCACCACACUCUGGUUCUUCAUCUUCCUCUGUGGGGCCAAUCAGAGCAGCGUCUGGCCCAUUCUGGACACGGUGUAUCAUUUCGUGGCGGUGGUUUUCUACCUCAGUGCAGCCGUGGAUCUGGCCUACGUCACCAUCGUACUGAGCUCUCUGGCUGUAACGGCUGAAGGGCUCAAGAUUUACCGGCUGGACAUCGCUGCAGUGGUCAUGUCCUACGUGGCCACUCUCCUGUACUUCCUGCACGCCAUUUUCUCUGCCAUCCGAUGGAAAAGGUCGUAAAAGAAACACUGAGGCGCCACCAAAACUGAACCAAAAACCAGACGACCUGAAAUAAUUUUAUUCACCUUUUUUUUUUAAUUAUUGUUAUUUUCACGCCACUAGAAGUAACUCACUGUUUCAAAUUGAAGAAUCUUGAUA